CUGGGGGAGUCGGUUCCUCCCCAACCCGGCGGGAGCUGGCGCAUGCGCCCCACUUCCCUUGGCCCGGGGUAGCGCGCUGUCGGGGUGGGAGGACGAGGUUGAGCGGUCUCAGCUGCUCCUGUCCUGGUUCUAGGCUGCGCAUGGUUGGGGGAGGCAGGCAGGGCGGGGAGCAGAAAGCAGAGCAUUAGAUCGGGUAGGCUCACAAGCCCUGAAGACUCGAGGAAGUUCCUGAGGCUUUUUCAUGACGGGGCAUCAGCUGCCGGUCCUGCAAGCAGAUCCUUUUGUUGUCCAAACCAAGUGAGGCCACCUCGUUGCCCCAGUAUGGUUCUCCGGGUUUUUUUGGACCAUCUUCCUGGCUCUCGGGGACUGCUUCCUUUCUGGGAUUGGCGCUGUGAAGCUCCCCUUCCGCUCUGUGUUCAGCCCAGGGCGAGUUCUGUUCCAAGACAGAACUCUUUGAAUCCUUUGAUAUGCUGGUGCCUGCACUGUCCUUGCCUACAGACUGGGCCGGAUCUCUUUGAACUUCCAGCACCGAGAAGACUGAAACACUUGAUCAGCCUGCUCUAGGCCAGGAAUGUGAGCUUCCCUGUCCCUCCCCCUGCCCCAUAUUACUGUUGUGAGAAAGACCCAGGAGGUAAUCAAGCACUUCUAGCUCAGGAGCUGCUUGUCCCAGAGAGUGACUGUUAAUGAGGAGAUCCAGCACAGGAUCUGAUGUGUAAGCGACUUCUUUGGGACAUUUGCUUUGGCUUGUCUUUUUUUGAUUGCCAUCUCUCGAAAGAUGCCAAGAUCCAGAUUUACAAUGCGGUUGUCAUGCCCACUCUCCUGUACGGAUGUGAAACAUGGGUGACAGGGCUUUAGAUGACCUACCAUCAUCAUCUCAAGAGCCUGGCGAGGUAUUGCCAAUAAUACCUCUGGAAAAUCCUCUGCGUGAAAUGGGAGGAUCGGCACACAGGUGCUAGCAUCCUUGCUCUGCAGCCAGAGUUACCAUUGAGUAGGUGAUUCUCAAGCACCAACUUCCCUGGAUUGGGCAUUGUGUGUAAAUGCUUGACGCUUGACUCCCAAAGCAAGUGCUCUACUCCUAGCUUAGCUGUGGCUUGAGAUCUUGUGGUGGUCAGAGGAAAUGCUAUAAGGAUGCUUGAACACAUACCUGAAGGACAUAAAUGCUGACAUGCAGAGCUCCAGUGGUGCUGUAGCCUCAACCAGGUGGCAGCCCACUUUGAGGUAAAGCGUCUUGCCUUUGAAGCAGAGAAGAGAGAGCAGGGGAAGGAAAAAGAGAGAGAGCCUACUCUCCUCUAUGGAAACACCUGCAACUUCUGCGGCCAAAUCCAUGACUCGAGGACUGGACUGUUACUUCACCUCAAGACUCAUCAAUCAGGCAUGAUACAGAUCAUCCUUGAGUCAAGGGAUUGCUGAUGACAACAGGGCAGGAUGCAGAAAGCAGAGCAGCAGACUGGUGAGAAAUGACCACGCCUAACAAGACACCGCCUGGUGCUGAUCCCAAGCAGUUGGAAAGGACUGGAACAGUUCGGGAAAUAGGCUCGCAAGCUGUUUGGUCACUUUCAUCCUGUAAACCAGGUUUUGGAGUUGACCAAUUACGAGAUGAUAAUCUAGAAACAUACUGGCAGUCUGAUGGGUCACAGCCUCAUUUGGUGAACAUCCAAUUUAGAAGAAAAACAACAGUGAAGACAUUAUGUAUUUAUGCAGACUACAAAUCUGAUGAAAGCUACACUCCAAGCAAGAUCUCUGUCAGAGUAGGAAAUAAUUUUCAUAACCUUCAGGAGAUCCGGCAGCUUGAAUUAGUGGAACCAAGUGGCUGGAUUCAUGUUCCUUUAACUGAUUCUCAUAAGAAGCCUAUUCGCACCUUUAUGAUUCAGAUUGCUGUUUUAGCCAAUCACCAAAAUGGAAGAGACACUCACAUGAGACAAAUUAAAGUGUAUACCCCAGUGGAAGAGAGCUCCAUUGGAAAAUUUCCCAGAUGUACAACGAUUGAUUUCAUGAUGUAUCGUUCCAUAAGGUGAAUCUUCUUAUAAAGGAAUAAUAAAAGGGAAUUUUUGUUAUUGGUAUUAGGUUUCAAUUUUUUUCAUUAAAAGUCUCACAUUUUUUAUUUUUGUGUAAUUAUAUCUGUACAGUUACAUUUUUUGUAUAGUUUUUAAAUAAAGACUUUAAGAAUCUGCUUGAUAA